AUGGCUGCAGCAGCGAGAGCUUCCCGUGAGACGGGGCUGAUGAUGGAUGAAUACCCUUCAGAAGUGGUGGUGAAGCAGCUGCGCUGUGUGCAGGCCGCCAGGCUGUUCUCUGCGGAUGCGUUCCUUGACGGCCUCUCCUCGUCCCUGGGGCAGCGGCCCGACGCCCGGCUCGCCCAGCUGUCGGCCGCGGCCGCCCUGCAUGCCGCCAGCGCCGCGCCCGCGCCGCGCCUGCUGCUCGCAGCCUGCGGCGGCACAGCGUCCGCGGCGGCGGCGGCGCUGCAGUGGGCGGCGGGCGCCGGCGGCGUCGAAGCGGAGGCGCAUUUCCAGCUGCUAUUCUCUGAGCUGCUGCGGGCGACCGCCCCUGCGGGCGACGCCGGGGUGGCAGAAAGCACCACGGGGUGGCGGCAGCAGCAGCAGCAGCAGCAGCAGCCGGGGUUCAGGCGCGACACCAGCAGCGACGGCGGAGGCGGCCCGGGUGUCGCAGGGGCGCACGAAAUCCUGUCCCUGCUCGCAGCCGCCAGCGACGCCGACGAGGUGCUGCACGCCCGCAUGUUUGCAGCGGUCUGCUCCCGGCUCUUCCCUCUUGACGAGGCCCUCGCACAUCGCUGGGUGCUACGAGAGGUCACCCGGCUUUUAGCGCCGGACGACGACGGCCCAAGCGGCCCCGCCGGCGCCGCAGCCCCCUCCCAUAGGGACGCCCCCUGGGUCCUCCCUGGGCUGUCACGCGGCGGCGCCACGGCCGGCCAGCCGCGCGCGACGGGGCCGUGGCGGGGCGAGGAGUGGUGGGGCGGCGUGCUACGGAAUGUGCUGAGGCGGGACCUGCAAAAAGUGAUCGAGCCCGACGAGCUGAUGGCGGCGCUUUCCGCGCGGCUUCCGCUCGCGGGCGCGAGCCUCGCCGGGCAGCGGGCCGCGGCGGGGCUGGCGGGGGCGCUGCUGAGGCGCAGCGGGCCCGCGGCGCGCAGCACGAUAGAGCGGAUUUGCGGCUGCCUGGAGGCCGCGCUGGCGGAAGACGACCAGUCGGCCCUCCACUCGACCAUGCUGGUCGCGCGGCGCGUGCUCUGCCCAAGCGACUAUCGGGAUCUCAUACACGCCGCCGCCUGCCGAGCCCGCGGCCGUGCCUCUUCCGCCGCCCCAGCCGCCGCCACAGGCCCCGCGGCGCCGCCGCCGCUUGAGGCGUCGACACGGGUAUUUACGCGGCUGGCUGCUGCAAUGCGUGCGCUCUGCCCGAGCGCGCCGCGGUGGGAGCUGGAGGUUUACAAGGGCCUGGCUGGCGGCCUGCCCAGGGAGUGGGGUGCGGCGGAGGCGGUGCGGGCGCAGCAGGGCGACACGCAGGACAUCAUCCAGACCUGCAUCAAGGAUCGGGACGCGGCGGCGGCGGAGGGCCACGGCAGGCGAGCGCUCACAAUGUUGCUGGCGCAGCUGGACCCCGGGGCGCGCAGGCAGGUGGAGGCCGCGUUGGCGCACCACCUGGCGGAGUUUCAAAAGGCUGGAUGCAGCAAGCUUUCGGAUAAGCAGGCGCGCGCUGAGGGGGCGUUCACGCUCACCUUCAACCGCGGCGAAUUUGAGCGCGUCACGCUCCCGCUGCUGACGGCGCUCCCUGACAGCCCUCAGAGCGCGCAGCUGCGCUACAGCUUCCUGCAGGCAAGCGCGUACGUGCGUGCGCUCGCGUCCCACGCCAGGACGCGCGAGCUGACGCGCGAUGCGCCGGCGCGCUUCAAGGCAACGUGUGACGCCGUGGGCUUUGAUUUGGAGGGGCCGGCCGGCGCGACAGGCCCGGUUGGACAGCAGCCGGGCAGGGUGCGGGCGUGGGCAGAGGCGGGGGACAGUCCCGCGGCGCGGCUGCACCAGCUUCUAGAUAGGCUGCCGCUGCUGGCGAUCGGCGCCGCGGGGGCCGACGGCGCGUUUGACCGGCUGGUUGAGAGGAUCGAGGGCCAGCUGAGGGACGUGGCGCGGCGCUCCCAGCAACAGCAGCAGCAGCAGCAGCAGCAGCAGCAGCAGCAGCAGCAGCAGCGACAGCAGCAGCAGCAGCAGCGGCCCCCGCUGCACCCUGGCGGCGGCAACAUGCCUCCUCCAGCCCCCGGCCCUCACGACGCCAAGCGACAGCGGACGGACGGAGGGGCCCACAGGAGCGGCGGCGGCGGCGGUGGGGGCACCGCCGGCUUGCAAAGCAGUGGCGAGUCGCCGAGCCUGCAGGACUUGGCAGAGGUUGUCAUCCAGAAGUUCGCUGACACAUGCCAGCGCUGCAACGCGCUGCCAACCGCGGCAGGCGGCGGCAGCAACCCCAGCGGCGGCGGCGGCGGCGGCGGCCCCGCCCCGGCGGCGCCAGCUGCCGGCGGCGCGGUCGCGGGCGCGGACGCGGCGGCGCCUUGGCGCACGCGGGUCGUUGGGAUGCUGCAGCGGGUGCCUGAGUUGCAUGAGUCACUGCUGCAGGCCCUGAUAGCCAGGGCUGAGGGCGCCGGCACUGGCGGGGUGCAGGCAGCAGGUGUUCAUGCAGCUGUUGAGGCUUCAGAGGCGGCAGCGGGGUUGUUGGCCUGCAUGUGCUCUUGCCACGCCGCGUCGGAGCGCGUCGUGCCGCCGUCGGGCGGCGCGGCGCACGCAUGCGAGGUGCAGUCGGUCGAGGCCGUCGCGUCAUGCUUCUGGUGGCGGCGCGCCGCCUCGGGGGCGGCGCCUGGCGGCGCCCGUGCGGCUCCCCUGUAUGGGGCUGGCAGCCCGCCCGAGGCCGGCGCCUCGGAGCUGCCGCCUGGCUUCUGGCCGGAUGGCAUGCCGAGACAGCAGCCCGCGGCGGCGCCGGGCCGCUCGUCGCAUGGCCCCGAAACUAGUGGGCGCAGCUGCGGCGGCGGCAGCGCCGGCGCCGUGCCAGGCACCAGCCUCGCGUGUGAUGUGAUGCGGCGCUGCCGGCUGGGGGACGCGCGGCAGCUCUGCGGCGCGGCGGCGUUUUGGUGUGCCUACGCGCGGCAUGCAGAGGAGGCCGGCUGGUGGUGCUCCGCUGGCCCAGACGGCGCGCUUGGGGAGCUGGUUCCAUCGGUGCAGCCGCCGCCGCGCGGCGCACCUGCCUCGGGCGCCGCGCCGGCGCCCCGCCGCGCCGCGCGCGCGGCGUUCGUGCCUCCCGAGCUUCCAGGCCUGCUAGCCUGGCUGGGGGCGCGGCUGGGCGCGUGGCGGUGCGGCGGCCCCGAGGAGGAGGCGGCAGUGAGGGAGGCUCGACAGGCCUGCCGCGCCGCACUUGCCGGCCCCAUCUGUGAGCAGCUGCGCGCCACGCGGCAGCGGCAACCAGGCGCCGUGCAGUAUGCGUCCGAGGCAGCACUUUGGGAGGCGAAAGCCCUGGGGGAUGGGCUGGCCGUGCCGGCUUUGGCGGUUGCGGACGCUGCGGCGGCGGUUGUGCGGGCUCUCGGCCACGCUGGGGCAGACGAGUAA